AUGGCGGAAAAUUCCGCGCAAGCCACUCCUCCCGCGCUUGUGGCGGAAGCUACAGUGGUGAAUUCUGUCUUUGCCGCAUGGGGGAGCGGGCCCGCGCCAGCUGCGGCAGCGGCUGUUGCACCUGAAGCGCCUGUAGGGGCUGUAGCCCCUGUAGCCCCCGAAGAGCCUCCAGCCCCUGUAGCGCGGACGCCGCCACUGCGCACGCCGACGCCGGACGUCACCUACUCGCUGCCUCACGCCGUCGUGGCGACUCGUGCGCGCGCCGCGACGGUGCGCCUGCGAUGCGGGCGGCAAAUUGCGUAUCUGGAGAAAGGGAUGGGCGCAGCGCAGGCGAAGCGGACGCUGCUGGUGCUGCAUGGCCUGGGAUCGUCGCGACUCGCCAACAUGCCAGGAGUGUCAGACGAGCUUCUGUGCUCUUUCGGUGUCCGGCUGGUGGCCAUUGAUCGCCCAGGGUACGGCCAGUCCGACCCUGCGCCAGCCCUCUCGCUGCGCUCCUUCUGUGCGGACCUUGAGGAGCUGGCGAAUCUGCUCUCGCUGGGGCACAAGGAGGCCAUGUUCGCCGGCAUGACGCCUCACUCCCGCCGCUCCCUCCGCCUCGGCCGCUACGCCCCUCUCUGGCUCAUCCGCCUCUUCAUUCGCAACUUUGUCGUUCCCUUCUCUGCACCACUCUCACAAGCCGAUCGCCUCUCCCCCCUCUGUUGCCCCUCUCCCCCCUCUGUUGCCCCUCUCCCUCCUCUGUUGCCCCUCUCCCCCCUCUGUUGCCCCUCUCCCCCCUCUGUUGCCCCUCUCCCCCCUCUGUUGCCCCUCUCCCCCCUCUGUUGCCACUCUCCCCCCUCUGUUGCCCCUCUCCCAGGGCCCUUAUGGUUGCAACGCCUACAGCAGAGCCUCUCACACGCCGAUCGCCAGUACCUGCUGCACCCACAGGGGGCACAGGCGCUGCUGAACGACAAUACAGAGUCGCUCCUUAUGGGAUCGCAUGGCGAGGGCAUGGCCAAGGACGUUGAACUCUUCAGCCGCCCAUGGCCCUUAGAUAUCCAAGACAUCUGUGAUAUUGGAUGCUUUGAUAAUACCCAAGACAUCGGGGAUAUCGCCAGUAUCCGACGCUCCACAUGUGAAGCAUCCAAGAAAACAUCCCCCUCCUCCACCGCAAAUCCACCCCCAUCGACCGCCCCUCUCCCGUCCUCGCCUUCCCCCACCCCUCCAUUCUUAGUGCACAUAUGGCAUGGCACGGAGGACGUAUUAGUGCCUCUCUCGCUGCAGCGCUGGCUGCAGCAGCAGCUGCCGCAUGUGGUGAGGCUGUAUGAGCUGCCUGGCGAGGGACAUCUUUCCUGGUUCUGCCACCAGCCUCAGAACCACCACCAAGUACUCUCCACUCUCUUCUCUUAG